AAGGAGACUAAUUUAUUUCCAUUGUGAGAAGCUCGACUUGAGAUAGGCUACAGUACGCACAGACGGAGGGAGGGAGUGCUGAUAGUGAAAAGAAAAGAGACCGGCCAGUCACAUUAGUCUACCUAUUUUGGCUGGUUGCUUCGGAACACUGCCUAUAGAUUAGGGCAUGUGGGGAACUUUCUGCAAAGUCGGUGAAUGUUUGAAUAUUUUUGUUUUCGGCCUGUAAUUUUUACCUUUCUUUUCGUGAUAUUUAAAAUGCAGCCACGUUCUUUCUUGCUAUUAUAACGGUAAAGGUGUAGUUGAUAUUUGUAUUUUAUAUAUUUGGUUGAUGAAGGGAUGCGCUCUCCCUCCGUGAAGCGAAAACCUGGAGUUUUAGGUAUAUGUUUUUCUCGAAUUGGAAAGAAAUCUACUCACUAGCUCACUUUUUUAGGAACUCUUCAGCCUGUGCUUUUUUGACGCCGCGGAAAUGGGAGCGUGUCAACCGGACUGCGUGUCCGCGCUUUCCCGAAAAAGUUUCAGUUGGAUUGUGCUGCUGCUGUGGCUGACCUCUGCAGCGCACGGAACCUGGAGGACGGGGCUUUACAAAUAUUCAACUGGGACACAGCUCAACAGAGAGUCUUCCGCAGCGUCUCAAACCUCAAUUUAUCAAAAAAGGAACUGGUGUCCCCAUACGGUCACUAAGACAGUGACGUGCCAGGUGCAGAAUGGGACAACCAUGCAGCGUGUCUACCAGACAUGUCGCUGGCCACAGGGAUGCACAGGGGGCAGCUACCGGACAGUGGUCAGACCCUCCUAUAAGGUGGUGUACCGUGCCGUCACCUCUCUGGAGUGGAAGUGCUGUCCAGGCUACAGCGGCACCGCAUGUGAAGAAGAGUCAGGAAACCAGCUGGUGGCUCAGGAGGCGGUGAGGAAGCCGUCUACUCUCCGCCGGCCACCUGCCCAGGCCCGUACAGGAACAGGGGAGCAGCUCUCCACCAAUUGCCUCAACUGUAGUCGAAUCACAGCCCUGACAGACAGACUCAGCUCACUGGAGGCAAAGGUCCAGGUGCUGUCCUCUCCCGCCUCCACUUCUCACCGCCACCUACAGGGUAAAGGAGGAUUGGCACGGGAAUCUUCCUCACAGAUGGUGGAUCCACAAACCAAAGGAGCCCCUGGCGAGCAGGGACCCAUAGGUCCACAGGGUGAAAGAGGCAGAGACGGUACCCCUGGACGAGAUGGGAAGCCAGGGUCUCAGGGACUGCCGGGACCCAGGGGCGAGGCUGGGGUGAGGGGCCCCUCAGGGACCCCAGGAUCUAAGGGAGCCCCAGGACCAGUGGGACCCAAAGGUCUACCAGGUCUCCCAGGAGAGAGGGGUCUACUUGGGCUUCCUGGACCUCCAGGACCCCCUGGACCCACAGCCACUACCAGUGCCCACAUCCCAGAGCCAGACCGGGGUCAGGGCAAGCUGCUCCUCUCCAACACCUUCCCUGACCCACGAGGGGCUCCUGUCCAGGGCCCCCAAGGCCCUGCUGGACCUGCUGGUCCCCCAGGCCCCAAAGGCCCCAUGGGACCCCCUGGCCCAGCAGGACAGAACGGGAAGUCGGGGGCCCCUGGGAGACACGGCCCAGUGGGGCCAAAAGGAAAACGUGGGGAGAGAGGUCCUCUGGGAUAUCCAGGAGAGAGAGGAUUCAUAGGAGAUCCGGGAGUACCAGGAGACAAGGGAGAACCAGGAGAGAAAGGCCUGCCGAACAAUCUAAAUGACAUUAGUUUGAAGAUGUUCCAAGACUUGCAGGCAGACCUGGAGCUUCUGGCUCGCAGGGUGACACUGCUGGAGGCUAUCAUCUGGCCAGAGCCUGAUCUAGGGUCUGGAGAUGGUUCGUUCGGCACUGCGUCCCAAGGCGGUUUCUACAGGAAUAAGCGGGCAGGCGCCCUACCCUAUUGGCUGGUCUCCCCUCCUCUGUCCUCGGACACCAAGGUUCAGGGGAAGUAGAAUCCCUCCUGCAUCUCUGAGGAUCACGGGGUCUAACCACCCCUCCCUUAGGUCUCUCUGGCACUCUACUGAUCCAGACCUUAUCUGAUACCCUCUGUCAGCUGUACCAUCAGACGAAAGGUGGAGGACACCUCAGGGAAGCCCCACUGGUGCUCCGGAGUCUUCCCACCUCCAUUGGGAACCAGUACCACCCCCCUCUACCCCAACACACACCUCCCCAUAGACCCAUGGCUCCCCCUGUGUCCCGUCCCUGUGUCUACAGCUAGGAAAUAUUUCAGCCUCGGAAAACAUGCAAAGAUUCUUGUAAGAUAAAAGGAAACCCAAUAUUGAAGGAAAAUACCACCCCAAAACUAUAUUUUGGUAUUUGUUUCAUUCGUGCAUUGUUGACAUAGUCCCAAAUGUUUUGCUUGUCAGCAAUAAAGUUUUCAAGAUAUGUAACUUUCAAAAUACAGAAAUCAUCCCUGUAUGAUGCAUUUAAGCAUCGUAUGAUCAUUUUUGCGGGGAGUUUUCCUUGAAAUGUUUAAUGGUGCUCAUUCAACUGAAACAAUUCUGGACUAUAAGGGUCAUUGCAGUAUAGUACAAAUGAGGGUCAAUUAAAGGAGAAAUCAAGUGUGAAAGAAAAGAGACUGGCUCUGAGAAUUUGUUUGGACUUUAACAAUGUCGGGAAUCUCAGAGGUUUACUUAUUUAAAUAUAUUUAACAUGUACAGACUACAAGACACACAUGUACACAAACAAACCUCUUCCCUUUAUAUUCCUUUUGGUUCUAUAAUAUUGUUUUAAUCCUUGUUAUGAAGUGCACUAUAAAGAUGAAGAAUUACACACCGUUCCCGUUGAGGUGUCAGUUAACAUGUUCUGAAAAGUCAAGCAUAUCUGUGUGUGUGUCUUGGUGUCUGAUAUCCCCCCAUUUCAAUCAAACACACAAGGGAUGUCAUUCUAUUUAUUUGAUUCACAUUCUAGUUGAGAUUUAUGUUGUUGCACAUCAAUUCAGUUCUGUGCUACCCUUUUCUGCACUUUCUACAUUUUUAGACAGUAUUUUCUCAAGAACGGUGCCGAAAUACAAAACUCAUAUCCUUAUAGCAAAGUAUAUUCUACAAAGUUCUGAUUUGUGAUCAAAUUCCUGCAUUUCUUUCGAAACCCAAGCUGCAGCUCGUGCAUAAACUGCCAGUAGUAAGACACCUCACAUUUAUUUUAAAGCCACAAGCUAAAGCAAUGUCAUCUCUAAGAAACCCUUCCUCCUACAGCAACUUCAGUCCUAAGCACACAGUAGGAGUAGAGGACUUGUUGAUGGAACUUGAAUACAUUUUUUGCGUAACUUUGUACCACUAUUUCAUUCUUUAGAUUUGACCUUUUAGUAAUUUAGCAGACGCUCUUAUCCACAGCGACUUUCAGUAGUGAGUGCAUACAUUUUUCAUACUUUUUUCGUAUACUUCGACUGAUUUAUCUGUCACAGUAAAGAAAAAGGCUUCUUUGAUCAAAUGUGUUUCUUUAUCUUAUAAAAAAAAAUAUCAAUCACAGUUUCUUAUUUUGUAUGUAACGUCAUAUGUAUUUCCAUUUUGGGCCUAUUUCAAAUUACUUGCUAAUGUGUUAUUGUGCAAAACAAAUGUGUAGAUGCUUGGUAUAAUAAAUAAUUGUUUUGUGUUUUUUAA